ACCCCUCGCUUGGUAUUCUCCUCCCACCCCACAUCUUCCUUGUUCUUGGAGUUGUUGUCCCGCGAGCUAGAAAAAGGCCCGCCCCCGCCUUUUGGCUCCUUCUCCAUACCUGCUCCGAAGAAAGCGAACGAAGAGAGAGAGAGGGAGGGGUCAGAGAGAUGGCGCGCGACGAGCAGGUUGCCGGUGAUGUCUGCUCCGGCGGCCAAGCGCAGGUGGAGGUGGUGGUCGGGGUCGGGGUGGACGGCAAGGGGGCGAUAGAGUGCCGGAUAUGCCAGGAGGAGGGGGAGGAGGACGCCAUGGACUCCCCCUGCGCCUGCACUGGCACACUCAAGUUCGCCCACAGGAAAUGCAUACAGAGGUGGUGCAACAAGAAGGGGAACAUUACAUGUGAAAUCUGCAACCAGGUCUACUCCCCGAACUAUGUCCUCCCUCCAACCAAAUGUUGUUCAGAUGAAAUAAGCAUGGACCUUAGCAGGCAAAGCUGGGUUGGACGAAUUGAUCCCCACGACUCCCAUUUUCUAGCGAUUGCCAUUGCAGAGCAGCAGCUGCUGCAUGCUGAAUUUGAUGACUGUGUGUCCUCAAAUUCAAGUGGUGUCACAUGCUGCCGGACUGUUGCUUUAAUUUUGAUGUUCCUUUUGCUUGUGCGCCAUGUAAUCGUAAUUGUGAGGGAUGUUAGCAUGCUACAAGAUGCAACGGUGUUGUUCAGUGCGACUCUUCAGUUUGCAGGAUUCUUCCUUCCAUGUUAUGUUAUAGCACGCUCUUGCUAUGCUUUUCAACAUCGGCGGCGAAGACAGGUCUAGGGGCUCACCGGAACCUGGAGCCAUAACCCUUGAGAGAAAGAUGAAGCCUGCGAAGCGAAGCUUCCCUCGGCUCGGAGCCUCUGCGAAGCGUGGAGGAAAAUGUAGGGGAAUUAGAUGGAGUAGCUGCAACAACAGGACCCCGUCAAGCUCAACUGUACAUAUGAGGAAAGCUACAGAUGCAACUUGAUACAUUUCCUUCCUUUCAAUAAAAUGGCCGCCAUUAGAAUGAUUCGAUGAUUCAA